AUGUUAGGAGUUGCAUAUAAAAGUACUGAACUGGUCGGGCGCCAAUGGUUUAAAACCGGGAUUUUGCAUGGUAGAGUAGCAACGUACGCUAGUUCAAGCAUUAAAGAUAAGAGCUCGGGGGCCGAGUUGGAUUCACCAAAAUCUUCAUCUGCAGCCGGAUCAUCUUCUUUUACGACUGUGAAGGUGAUUGAAAAUAAGGCUGACAAUAAGCCAAAUGUUGUGAUUCUUGGUUCCGGAUGGGGUGCCAUCUCGUUUUUGAAACACAUCGACGCUAGACGUUAUAAUGUAACUAUUGUAUCUCCAAGAAACUACUUUUUAUUUACUCCUCUGCUGCCUUCCACGCCUGUGGGAACGGUCGAUGAGAAGUCCAUUAUCGAACCUGUCGUAAGCUUUGCACUAAAAAAGAAGGGAAAUGUAUCAUAUUACGAGGCCGAGGCCACUUCUAUUAACCCAGAACGUAACACUGUCACAAUCAAGUCUGUUUCUACUGUUUCCCAGUUGGCACAACCAGACCGCCACUUGGGCCUCACCCAACAAGAUACUGCAGAGGUUAAGUACGACUACCUUGUUACCGCUGUUGGUGCUGAGCCAAACACUUUCGGAAUUCCAGGUGUUGAGGAGCAUGGUUACUUCUUAAAGGAGAUCCCUCAUUCUAUCCAAAUCCGUCGUAAGUUCUUGUCCAAUGUUGAAAAGGCUAACUUGUUGCCAAAGGGCGAUCCAGAAAGAAAGCGUUUGUUGACUGUUGUUGUCGUUGGUGGUGGUCCAACUGGUGUUGAGACUGCAGGUGAAUUCCAGGAUUACGUUGACCAAGACUUGAAGAGAUUCAUGCCUUCCAUUGCUAAGGAAGUUCAAAUUCACUUGGUUGAGGCUUUGCCAAACGUCUUGAACAUGUUUGAAAAGAAAUUGACUUCAUAUGCUCAAGAGGUUCUCGAAAGCACCAAUAUCAACUUGAUGUUGAAGACUGCUGUCGGUAAGGUUGAGGAGAAGUUCUUAAUCGCUAAGACUAAUGAAAACGGUACUGUUAGAGAGGAGAAGAUCCCAUAUGGUACUUUGAUCUGGGCUACUGGUAACAAGGCCAGACCAAUCGUCACUGACUUAAUCAAGAAAAUUCCAGCACAACAAGGUUCCACUCGUGGUCUAGCUGUUGAUGGUUACAUGAUGGUCAAGGGUACUAACAACAUCUUUGCAGUCGGUGACAAUGCAUUUGCUGGUUUGGCUCCUACCGCCCAAGUUGCACACCAAGAAGCUGAAUAUUUGACCAAGUUGUUCGAUAAAAUGGCUAAGAUCCCUGGCUUCUACGGUGAAUUGGCUGAAAGAAAGGAAAAGGUUGACCUGCUAUUCGAAGAGCAUGGAUUCAAGCCAUUCAAGUACGUCCACCUUGGUGCGCUAGCAUACCUUGGUGCUGAGAAGGCAAUUGCAGACAUUACCUACGGUAACCGCUCAUUCUAUACCGGCGGUGGUUUGAUUACUUUCUACAUCUGGAGAGUAACCUAUUUGAGCAUGUUGCUGUCUGCAAGGUCCAGAUUUAAGGUCAUUGGAGACUGGUUGAAAUUGACUUUCUUCAAGAGAGACUGUUUCAAGGAGCUCUAA